AAUUGUUAUAGCCUGGCAACCGCUUUGAAUCUCGAGCUGUUGGCGUUCCAUUUUGCUUCCCAUGUCAACGGACUCCAAGGCUUCUGGUCUGCGGUUUACGCUAUGUACAGAAGAUGAUGACGACAUUAUUUGUGUUGACCACAAACAGUCGCUCUUCUCACAGGCUUUUGCAACUCUGAACGAGCUUCGCUGUAACGGACAGCUAUGCGAUAUCACACUAGUUGUGGAGGGGCGGAAGAUCAGCGCACAUAAGGUAGUACUAGCAGCUUCGAUACCUUACUUUCGAGUGAUGUUUACAACGGAAAUGUUGGAAGCGAAUCAGACUGAAGUCGUUUUACAAGAUCUGGACUAUGAAACGUUGGACCAGCUUGUUUCAUUUGCGUAUUGCGGCGAACUUCGCAUAUCUGCUGGUAAUGUACAGUCAAUAAUGAUUGGAGCAAAUUUCCUCCAGCUGGACGGUGUUGCAGAGAAGUGUGCUGAAUAUCUUCAGACACGUUUGCAUACCUCCAAUGCUCUUGCCAUUCGAGCAUUUUGCGCAGUAUUAGGUUGUAGGACAGUAGUAGCAGCAGCAGAUCGUUUCAUACAGAAGCACUUUAUGUCAGUGAGUCGUUCUGAUGAAUUUCUACAGCUUCCUGUGGAUGAUGUGGUGGAAUUGCUGUGCAUGGAUGGUCUAUAUGUUGAAUCAGAAGAGGCUGUGUUUGAAGCAGCAUUCCGAUGGAUUCAGCAUAAUUUGGAAAAGAGAAGGAAGUAUGCCUCAAGGUUACUCGCUUGCGUGCGUCUUCCGCUUCUCAAACCAUCGUUUUUGGCAGACGAAGUUGCUGGGCAUCAAUUAAUUCGUGGUGAUCUGGCAUGCCGAGAUCUAGUGGACGAGGCCAAAGACUAUCACCUCAUACCCGAGCGCAGACCAUUCCUGCGUUCAUUCCGCACCAAAGCUCGUUGUUGCAACGAUGUACCAGGCUUGAUGUUUGCCAUAGGUGGUUUAUCGACCGGCGGCGACUCACUGUCAACUGUAGAAAUGUACGAUCCAUUAACAAAACGAUGGACUCCGGUACGAUCUAUGACGAGUUUCCGUUCCAGAGUUGGCAUCGCAGUGCACGAUCGCAAGAUCUACGCCAUUGGCGGGUUCAAUGGGCAUGACCGUCUGAAGAUUGUGGAAUCCUAUGACUACAACAAAAACGAAUGGACUCCUGUUGCUCCCCUGACCAAAAAACGCUCAGCAUUGGCAGCAGCGUUCUUUAACGGUAAAUUGUACGUUUGUGGUGGUUAUGAUGGCAUCACCAGUCUGGCUACGGUAGAGGUGUAUUGCCCAGAGAAGAAUACUUGGGAGUUGGGAGAGGCAAUGACCAAACAACGAAGUGCUGCUGGAGUAGCCGUUCUCGACGGUUAUCUUUACGUGAUGGGUGGUCAUGACGGAAUGUCGAUUUUCUCGUCAGUGGAACGAUUCUCACCAGAGAAAGGGCAAUGGGAAGCGGUACCGUCGAUGUUGUCGAAACGAUGCCGUUUAGGCGCUACGACUCUGAAUGGGAAAAUCUACGUUUGUGGAGGCUACGAUGGAGCGCAGUUUUUGAACAGCGUGGAAUGCUUUGAUCCUACUACCAUGCGUUGGACGCCCGUAACUCCCAUGAACAUCAAACGAAGCCGGGUCUCUCUUGUUGCCAAUGCAAACGCCAUAUACGCCAUCGCUGGCUAUGAUGGCAUGUCAAAUCUGUCCUCGAUGGAAGUCUAUCGAGAAGAAACGGAUCAGUGGGAACUAGCUACUCCAUUAGGAUCUCACGAAGGCGGGGUGGGAGUGGCUGGUAGUGGAGUCACUUUCUUUGUGUUCUCAAAGCUACUCUUGGAGACCGAGGAACAGGAAGGCACAAAUACAGACAAAGAAGCGGCAACGACCGCCAUCUCCGUCCCUCAUCUUGGACACCAUGGACUCUUUGUUCGCUACGAAGAUGGAGACCCCAUGAGAAGCUUGAGCCCUAGGGCAAUCUUGCGACUAGUUAAACGAAUGGCUCGUUCGAAGAGGGAUAAGGAAGUGUCUCUAACGAAGGUAAAGAAAAAGACGCGUGAAACCAAAGAAGCACUGAUAAAAGAGGUUCGUGCCUCGGUAGAUAAAUACAAGCAUCUAUUUGUUUUUAAUAUCGAAGAUAUGCGAAGUACACAUUUUAUCCAGGUUCGGCAACGAUUUAAAACGAACAGUCGAUUCUUCUUCGGCAAAAAUAAUGUUAUGGCUGUAGCAUUAGGUAAAAAUCCAUCAUCUGAGUAUGCACCGAAACUGCACUUAGUGAGCCAAAUUUUACAAGGCCAAUGCGGACUCAUGUUCACUAUGUUGUCGAAGGCUAAAGUUUUCAGUAUUCUCAAAGAAUUGACUUUUGCUGAUUACGCUAGAGCCGGUCAUAUCGCCAAAGAAUCUAUCACUGUGCCAGAGGGUCCCCUUCCACAAUUCGCAUUUUCGAUGGAGCCGCAGCUUCGGAAGCUUGGUCUACCCACGAAGCUUGACAAAGGAACCAUAACGUUAUACCAAGAUUUCGAAAUUUGCAAGAAAGGAGAACCAAUCACAGCAGAGCAAGCUAAGGUCCUCAAACUAUUUGAUUACAAACUGGCUGAAUUUAAGAUGCAUAUCGUGUCACAAUGGGAUAAAGAAGACGGAUACGUCAAUUUGACAGGAAAGGCCUAA